UCGGCGCAGAACUCUAGUUUGUGUUUGUUGCUGUUAUUGUACAAAACAAUCAGCUGUGUUUAUUUAUCGAACUAAAAGCAUAAAUAAACACUAAAUUUUUCACCAUGGGCAACUGGACUUUGGAAAUUUUUAAAAUGGGCAUGUACAUGACAUUUCCCGUAGCGAUGUUUCACAUUUUCAAUCAACCGGCCUACUUUGAAGAAUGGGUUACCAAAAAGAAACGUGAACUUUAUCCACCGGAAAAUUUGGGACAUCGCGAAGCCAUACAGCAGGCCAUACGUGAUCAUCGCGAAAAACAAGAUUUGCAAAUAAUGAAGGCUCUCGAAGAUAUGGAGAAAAAAGAAAAAGUAUAAUAAAGAGUGUAAAAUUAGUUGUGUGCCUUUUUAGCAUUUGGCAAGUGUUUGCUUUGUUGCGGGAAAGGAAAUGUAUUAU